UCAGUGGUAUUUUGCACUAUGAGGGACCACUACAAGUUUUGCUGUAUUUUAGCUUUUUUGUUUCUUCUGAGCUUUUUUUUACAGCGUAAGGUUAUCAAGAUCCCUGCCUUUGUCCAGUUCAAGAUAAACUGUGAUGCGGUGCAAGACCAUGAAAUACAGAAGGAGGAAGGCAUAUGGAAGGAGACAACUGAACUGCAACUUGAAGUAAAUAAAAUCUUAAACAAAAUUGACACCAUGAUUCCAAAGAUCACUUUCUCCCACUUUGACAACACAACUGAUGCUCGCAAGAGCAUGGCCACACUAGUCAAUCCUAGAGACAAAUAUUGUGUUGGAGACUCUCUAGUUGUCAAGGUUGAUAUGUUUGAUCAUGUGGGCAAGAGGAAGACCCAUGGAGGAGACUUUCUUAUGGCAAGAAUAUUUUCCUCUAAUGUUAAAGCUGGUGCAUCUGGAAGAAUUGAGGAUUUAGAAAAUGGAACAUAUAACAUUCACUUUACACUAUUUUGGCCGGGUGUAGUUAACUUUUCCAUCCAUAUGAUCCAUCCGAGUGAAGGUGUCUCAGCCUUGUGGCAAGCAAGAAAUAAAGGAUAUGGCUAUGUAAAUUACACAGGGAAAUUUGUUAGUCAUGGGAAAGUGGUCAAUAUGAAGUGUGGGUUUAAUUUAAAUGGAACACAAGAACUGUGUGAAUAUUCAGAUCUCAAAGAAGAGGAGCAUUUCUAUUGUAUGAAACCUGAGAAUAUGUCAUGUGGAUUGUUGGUCCAGAUGAUGAGUCUGUUUGUAGACUCACACUCCUAUUUACGUAAUUCAGAAAAGCAACUUUUUAACAGCAACAAUAUUCGCAUUGAAAUCCCAAAAACGUUUGGAGCUAUAUCCGUAUCCAAGUGUGGCAAUGUUACACAAGAAAUUCGAAAAUGUAGCACAGGAAUUAAAUAUCAAUUUCCUGGUGGAUUUUCCUACCAAAACAUGUGGACUCAUCUAUCAUGCAAAAUAUCACAAUAUCGCAACAUGGAAACUAUAAAUAAGUGUAUUAAAGGGAAAAUUAUGUAUCUUACUGGGGAUUCCACUAUGCUUCAAUGGAUGACCUACCUCAGUACCACUGUCCAAAGUCUAAAACCAUUUAACCUUUAUGGAGGAGGAUGGCCAAUGACUCGUUUGUACAUUGACUUGGAGAGAAACAUAAAAAUACAGUACAGAAAACAUGCUAACCCUUUCAUAAUGCUUAAUUUCUAUACCUUUAAAGAAGAGUUCACCAUUCCACAUUUAAUUGACCAGAUUGCUGGAGACCAACACACAGUCAUAAUAUUCACUUUGGGCAUGCAUUUCAGACUGUUUCCCAUAAAUCAUUUUCUCCGUAGGGUGAUUAAUAUAAGGAAAGCCAUUGAACGUCUGUUUCUACGAAGCCCUGAAACUAAAGUUAUCAUCAAAACAGAAAACACCAGUGAAAUGAAUGUGAGGGUGGAAAUGCUCAGUGAUUUCCAUGGCUAUUUACAAUACUUAAUCAUUAAUUCAAUUUUUGAAGACAUGAAUGUUGGAGUGGUCGAUGCAUGGGAUAUGACAAAUGCAUUUGCUAGUAUGAGAAUUCACCCUCAGAAAGAAAUAAUUGCGAAUGAAAUAGAUUUGCUUUUAAAUUACAUAUGUUAACAGCAUUUGCAUUUAGAGAAUCAACAAUGUUUGUCACUGGAGCUAAAGACACAUUGCAAAUAACUGGGUCAUUUGUUAACUUAAUUGUCCUUAGUCUAUGAUUUGGAUUCCAAAAAAAAAAAUCUGAAAGUAUGUGGAAUAGAGAAAAGAAAAAUAAUGCAACUCUACUUUAAAUUCUACAGAUACACAUCUCAGAUUUAUGCAUUGAAUUGUGAUUUUUUUGUAACUUUUUUAUUAUAAAUUCCAGAGUGUUUAUACUGUUUCUGUUAUGUUGUAUCCUUGGCUGUCCAGGUACAACCAGAUCAUACCGUACAAAUUAAUUUCACCACCAUGAUAUGGAAAGAGUGUCUAAGUGUGUAUGAGAGCACAU